GGUGACUUCCUGUUGACUCGGCGCUGUGGAGUGGCAGCAAGCGAUGGUUCUCGGAAGAUAAUAGAACCACCGAGUGAAACCGGAAUAAAACGUACCUCAGAAUGAGUUGGAUACCCUUCAAGAUUGGACAACCGAAAAAACAGAUUGUCUCUAAAACUGUUGAAAGAGACUUUGAACGUGAAUAUGAGAAACUGCAAAAGCUGGAGGAUCAGACCAAGAAGCUUCAUAAAGACAUGAAGAAAAGCACAGAGGCUGAUUUAGCCAUGUCUAAAGCUGCAGUGAAGAUCUCUGCAGAUCUGCUGAGUAACCCGCUAUGUGAGCAGGACCAGGCCUUUCUGGAGUCCAUGACUGCUUUGGACACAGCCAUGAAAAGAAUGGACGCCUUCAACCAGGAGAAGGUACAGCGGCGUCUUCCCAAGCCUCAACAUGGCGGUGAAACGUCGAGAGCAGGCCCUGCAGGACUACAAACGCUUGCAAUCCAAAGUGGAAAAAUAUGAAGAGAAAGAGAAAACCGGCCCAGUUAUGGUCAAACUACACCAGGCAAAAGAAGAGCUCAAACCGGUGAAGGACGACUUCGAGGCCAAGAACAAGCAGCUGCUGGACGAGAUGCCCAAGUUCUACCAGAGUCGCAUCGACUACUUCCAGCCCAGCUUUGAGGCUCUCAUCCGUGCGCAGGUGGUCUAUUUCACUGAAAUGUACAAGGUCUUCAGCGAGUUAACAGACCAGAUCGACCAAGCUGGUUUGACUGACGAGCAGAGGCAGAGGGAGACUGAGGCCAAGCUGAACGAGUUGCGCUCUCUGUCCAUUGUCGCCAACGACUGAGGGAGGAAAGCUGAACAUCGGGAGGUGCUCUUUUCAUGCCUCUCUGAAUGGAUUGCUCUCUUUCAAAGCUCUCCUGGAGUUCAAACGGACAGCAGUGGCCUUAACCUGAUUAUCAGCUGGUUUUGUUGCGGCCUCACCUCCCCACCCCCACUUUUUUUCUUCCAUUUUUGUUGCACUACAUCCCGUUUCAUCCUCAUAUCAGAGCAGCUGAAAGCCACAUUAACAAAGCCAUCAGCCAAGUGACAAAUAAAAAGCCAAUUUUUCUUUUUUUAAUGGAAAAAAACAGAUUUUAUCAGAGCUACUUCUGUCAGGGUUACACUACAUUGUUUUUGAGAAAGUUACAAGCAUUUUUUCUGAAGUUGAGCAAUAAUUUGUUAAUAGUCUCAUCUAUGCUACCAAAAUGCUUUUAAAGAUGUUUUUUUUAAUUAUAUAAAUUACAAACAGUGCAGUUAUUGUUAAAUCAAGGACUGUAGGUUACCACCAAAAUCACCAAAUCUUUGUUUUGUCCUUUUCUAAUUGUAAGUUUAGUUUUGGGGGCUUUUUUAAAAAUGUAAUUGGGGUUUAUAAUUGUAAACAUAGCAUCACCAUUGUGUAAUGUGCCUAUAUUGUUCUGGCUUUAAAAUGUAACACAAUAACGAACUUGUGUGAAGUGGGACUCGACCUGAGCGGCACUGAAAGGUAACACUGCUCAGGCUCAACAGACGAACUUCUGCACCAAGAAAACAAAUGCUGGCACUCCCUCUAGUGGAAGUCACACGUCAUGACAUGCACACUCUCCUUUUGUUCACAGCAUCCAGUCCUUUGUUCUAUUGUUGGUUUGAGUGUGUAUUAGCAAAAGAAGCUCACACAUUUCUGGGAUGCUAGAAAGUCCCUUUUUCACCCUCAACACCAGAUCUGGGAGCCAGUUUUUGUUUUUGGCCUCUUAAUUUUGGAUGAAGUCAUACUGCUAUUGCACUCCUUUGUUUCCACUCUGUUGGGCUGAGCCUCAGUAUGAAAGGCACGCUGUAUGGUGAUGCACACACUGUCUCGUCUUAUGUGACGUUAAGUUUUAUUAUUAUUUCAUGGCCUAUUAAGUAGAUUAUUUAUUCUGAUUUAUUUUUUAUUUUUAUGGCUUAGUUUGUUUCGAGUUGUCCUGUGAUGCACAUUGUUACGUUAUUAACUUCACUAAUGAAGGUACUUUUUUAUUUAGUUUUUUAUAUUUUAACUGAACUAAGGGAAUUCUUUGUUUUUAAUUGGUUUUGUUGACAAUUUGUUCUAAGCUGUAAUCAAUCAUGAAGUAAAUGAAACUUGAUUUAA